GGCGAGUCUGGGCCGCGGCCUGCCUGUGCGCUAUCCAGCACGGCGGCGCUUAACUCGGCGAACCCUCAAAAAAAAAAAAGGAGGUCUCGGCGGUGGCGCGCCGCCGCUUCGUGCUGUCUUGCCGAGACGGGGAAAAGGAGCAGCGGCGCUGGCGCUGGAGUAGGCAGCUGACAUAGAAGGAGAGGCUACUGCUGCCUGGCCUUCCUUCCUGCGCCCCAAAUCCGUCAUGAAACUGACCUGCGUGACCACCCCCGGCAGCGGCGGCGGCGGCGGCUACCACUCGCCGGCGAGCCACCUACUGGAGCUGGAGGGGGUCCGCCUCCUCCUCGACUGCCCCGUCGACCUCUCGGCCCUCACAGCAUUCGCCCCGGUGCCGCUCGGCCCGGACUGCGGUGACGCGGGGGACCUCAUCCGCGCGGUUCCCUACUACUGGUCGCCGGCGGCGUCCGCCGCCGCGAAAGCAGGUGGCGUGGAUGCCGUGCUUGUGUCGUCCGCCACGGGGAUGCUUGGGCUCCCCUUCCUCACCCGGCUCCCGAGCUUCGCAAACACCAAGGUUUAUGUUACAGAGUUAGCUGCAAGGAUUGGAAAGCUAAUGAUGGGGGAGCUCGUGGAGAUGCACUCCGAGUUUGUAAGGUACUAUGGGCCAGAUACAGAUGGGCCACCCAAGUGGAUGCAAGGGGAGAAACUCCAUAAACUCCUGUCAUUGUUGCAGAAUAUAGUGAUUGAAGAUGAGGGAAUGGAUUUAGCACCUUUGAUGCCUCUCUACAGUGCCACAAACUUAGAAGAAUGCAUGCGAAAAACCCAGACUGUGAAAUACGGAGAGGAGGUUUGCUUCAAUGGCAUGUUGAUGCUGAAAGCCUCUAGCUCUGGCCUGGAGCUUGGCAAUUGUGUCUGGUCAAUAAAGGGUCCAAGAGCAAGUAUUACCUACUUGCCAAGCACCGUGUUUGUGUCAGCCCAUGCCUUAGAUUGCGACUAUAACUCUCUGAAGGAAAAUGAUAUCAUUUUGUUUUCAGAUUUCUCAUCCUUGGAUGUCAUGGAUGAGAAUAAUGAGAAUCUGGGUGAGAAUGCAAUGCUUUGUGAUGACUCACUGUCGAGGGAUGAUGGUGUUGAUGAGGAUGAAUAUGUCCAAUGCCUGUGUAAGAAUGAUGAUAUUGCAGAGGAGAUUGAGAGAAUCAGUUUCAUAUGCUCAUGUAUAUCAGACGCAAUUAAAUCUGGAGGUUCUGUUUUAAUACCAAUAGGACGACUUGGGGUUAUUCUUUUAAUUUUGGAACAUAUAUCAGAAACGUUACUUUCUUCCGACAUGAAGGUACCCAUAUUUAUGAUUUCUGGUGCAGCAGAAAAAAUAAUAUCCUUUACCAAUGCCGUGCCAGAAUGGCUAUGUAAGCCACGCCAAGAAAAGCUAUUCUCGAGGGAGGAGGAGGCAUUAUUUGGCCAUGUGGAGCUUCUGAAGGAAGGCAAACUAUCUCUGUUUCCUCAUCUAUACUCAAAGGGCCUGCUGGCAGCGUGGAAGGAGCCCUGCAUUGUAUUUUGUCCAGACUGGAACCUUAGGCACAGCACAGCAGUCCAUUUGCUUCGUCGGUGGCAUGCAGAUAAACGGAAUCUUCUUGUUUUGGAGCAAGGAGUUGAUGCUGAGUUGGCUCUUAAGCCUUUCAUGCCUGUGGCAAUCCAAGUUCUUGAAUGUUCUUUCCUCUCUGGAAUAAAGGUGCGGAAAGUCAAUCCAUUGCUGUCAGUUCUCAAACCGAAGCUUGUUCUGUUUCCUGAAGAUUUGAAGUCGCGGUGUCCAUCAAAGGAGGACGCUCCAUGGUCAUACCUGUACUACUCCAAGGGCAAAACCAUUGAGAUCCCAAACACACGGGAAGACUUCGAGGUGGGGCUUCCAACCGACGUCGCCUUUGGGUUGCAGCCUAGGCAGUUGGACAAGGCCAUCGCCGUCGCGAGGCUGAGAGCAAAGCUCCAUCUCAGCAAGGGGCAGUACGUGCUGGUUGCUCCGAAGGAUCAGUCCGAUGAAUCGAACCGGCAGUUGCUACACUGGGGAGCUGUCGAUGCAGGCCGCCUGUUGUCAGCCUUGCAAGAGAAGGGGAUCGAAUGCGCUUUUCCUGCAGACGACGAUGAUGGCCCGGCGGGCUGCGAGCGCUCGAUUUUGAUCACCAGUCCAGGAGAAGCCCUGGUGAAGAUGGCGCCUGAAAAGACCGUGAUCUACUGCGACGAUGAGAGUACAACCAGGCUGAUUUAUGAUGCUCUCAGCAGUGUUUGUAAUGGGAUCUAGUAACAUGCUACUGCACGGUUAAUGGUAGGGUGGGUUCAUGGGGACGCAAUCUGAAAGGAAAGAGUGUAAGAUGAUGAAUUUGGAAUUGCGCAACUUGGUUUUCGCCAUGGAAGGUUGGAGUA